CCAGGUGUGGAGCUGGGCAAGCCCACCCAUUUCACGGUGAGCACCAAGGGGGGGGGCCGGGCUGCCCUGGACGUGCAGGACGGGGCCGGCAAGGGCGAGGCCGUCAGGGACCUGCAGGUGACCGACAACCACGAUGGCACCCACACGGUCACCUACACACCUGUGCAACAGGGCAAUCUGGGGGUCUCGGUGACCUACGGGGGAGACCCCCAUCCCAAAAGCCCCUUCAGCGUCGGGGUCAGCCGAGUGGACCUGGGCAAGAUCAAAAUCUCCGGCCUGGACGACAAGCUGGAGGUGGGCAAGGCGCAGGAGUUCACGGUGAAGGCCAAGGGCGCGGGGGGCCAGGGCAAGGUGGGCGCGCGGAUCGUGGGCCCGGCGCGGAAGGCGGUGCCGUGCACGGUGGAGCCGGGCGCCGCCGGCGCCGAGAGCAGCGCCGUGCGCUUCGUGCCGCGCGACGAGGGCCCCCACAGCGUGGAGGUCACCUACGACGGCGUCCCCGUGCCCGGCAGCCCCUUCCCCGUCGAGGUGGUGCCGGCCACUGACCCCUCCAAGGUCCGUGCCUUUGGCCCCGGUCUCCAGGGGGGCCUGGCGGGGGUUCCGGCCCCGUUCACCAUCGACACCAAAGGCGCCGGCACGGGCGGUUUGGGGCUGACCGUGGAGGGGCCCUGCGAGGCCAAAAUCGAGUGCCAGGACAACGGCGACGGCACCUGCUCCGUGUCCUACCUGCCCACGGAGCCCGGCGACUACAACAUCAACAUCCUCUUCGCCGGCGCCCAUCCCGGCUCGCCCUUCCGCGCGCCCAUCCGGCCCAAGUUCGACCCUUCCAAGGUCACCUGCGAAGGGCCGGGCUUGGAGAAGGCCACGGCCGGGCAGCCGGGGCGCUUCCGCGUGGACUGCAGCCGGGCGGGCACGGCCGAGCUGACCAUCGGCAUCGCCUCGGAAGCCGGGGCGCGCGCCGACGUCAGGGUGGAGGAGAACGGCGACGGCAUUUACACCAUCGCCUACACGCCGCGCAGCGCCGGCGUGCACACCGUCACCGUGGAGUACGGCGGGCAGCCCGUGCCGCACUUCCCCAGCACCGUGCGCGUGGAGCCGGCGCCCGCCGCCGUGGACACCAGCGGCAUCAAGGUGUACGGGCCCGGCGUGGAGGGGAAGGCCGUGUUCCGCGAGGCCGUGACGGAGUUCGAGGUGGACGCUCGGGCCGUGUCCAAGGCCGGCGGUCCCCACGUCAAGGCCCUGGUGUCCAACCCCUCCGGAAACGUCACCGAGACCUUCGUGGAGGACCGCGGUGACGGCACCUACCACGUGGAGUACACCCCCUACGAGGAGGGCCUGCACAAGGUGGACGUGACCUACGGGGGGUCCCCGGUGCCGCUGAGCCCGUUCCGUGUCCCCGUCACCGAGGGCUGUGACCCCAGCCGGGUGCGCGUGCACGGCCCCGGCAUCCAGAGCGGCACCACCAACCAGCCCAACAAAUUCACCGUGGAGACCCGGGGGGCCGGCACGGGGGGUCUGGGCCUGGCCGUGGAGGGUCCCUCGGAAGCCAAGAUGUCGUGCACGGACAACAAGGACGGCAGCUGCUCCGUGGAGUACGUCCCCUACGAGGCGGGCACCUACAGCCUCAACGUCACCUACGGCGGCCACCAGGUCCCCGGGAGCCCGUUCCAGGUGCCGGUGUCGGACGUGGUGGACGCGUCCCGAGUGUCCUGCGGGGGUCCCGGGCUGACCCCCGGCCACGUCCGGGCCAACGUCCCCCAGACCUUCACCGUGGACACCUCCAAGGCCGGCGUGGCCCCGCUGGACAUCAAAGUCCAAGGUCCCAAAGGCGUGCUGGAGCCCGUGGACGUGGCCGACAACGGCGACGGCACUCAGCGCGUGUCCUACGUGCCGUCCCGCGAGGGACCCUACAGCAUCUCCGUGCGCUACGGCGACCACGAGGUGCCCCGCAGCCCCUUCAAGGUGAAGGCGCUGCCCACCCACGACGCCAGCAAGGUGCGGGCGAGCGGCCCCGGGCUCAACACCACGGGCGUGCCGGCCAGCCUGCCCGUGGAGUUCACCAUUGACGCCAAGGACGCCGGCGAGGGGCUGCUGGCCGUGCAGAUCACGGAUCCCGAGGGGAAGCCCAAGAAAGCCUCGAUCCGGGACAAUCAGGACGGCACCUACACCGUGUCCUAUGUGCCGGACAUGACCGGCCGCUACACCAUCCUCAUCAAAUACGGGGGGGACGAGAUCCCCUAUUCCCCCUACCGCAUCCGGGCCGUGCCCACCGGCGACGCCAGCAAGUGCACGGUCACCGUUUCCAUCGGAGGUCACGGCUUAGGACCAGGCCUGGGCCCCACCAUCCAGCUGGGCGAGCAGACACUGAUCACGGUGGACGCCAAGGCGGCGGGCAAGGGCAAGGUCACCUGCUCGGUGUGCACACCUGACGGCUCCGAGGUGGACGUGGACGUGGUGGAGAACCCCGAUGGCACCUUCGACAUCUUCUACACCGCGCCCCAGCCCGGCAAAUACGUCAUCUGCGUCAGGUUCGGGGGGGAGCACAUCCCCAACAGCCCCUUCCAGGUCAUGGCCACGGACCGGCCGCUGCUGGGGGUCAACGGGCUGGACAUGGCUGGGCUGCGGCCCUUCGACCUCGUCAUCCCCUUCACCAUCAAGAAGGGCGAGAUCACAGGUGAGGUGCGCAUGCCCUCGGGCAAGGUGGCCACCCCGGACAUCACGGACAACAAGGACGGCACGGUGACGGUGCGCUUCGCGCCCAGCGAGGCGGGGCUGCACGAGAUGGACAUCCGCUGCGACAGCAUCCACAUCCCAGGCAGCCCCCUGCAGUUCUACGUGGACUAUGUGAACAGCGGCCACGUGACGGCCUACGGCCCCGGGCUGACCCACGGCACCGUCAACCGCCCGGCCACCUUCACCGUCAACACCAAGGACGCCGGAGAGGGGGGGCUGUCCCUGGCCGUGGAGGGUCCCUCCAAGGCCGAGAUCAGCUGCCAGGACAACGGGGACGGCACCUGCUCCGUGUCCUACCUGCCCGUGCUGCCCGGCGACUACGGCAUCGUGGUCAAGUACAACGACAAGCACAUCGCUGGCAGCCCCUUCACGGCCAGGAUCACGGGUGACGAUUCCCUGCGCCAGUCCCACCUCAAGGUCGGCGCCUCGGCCGAGAUCCCGCUGGACAUGGGGGACAUCGGGGACCUGAGCCAGCUGAGUGCCACCGUCACCGCGCCCUCGGGCCGGCGCGAGCCCUGCACCCUCAAACGGCUCCGGGACGGCCACCUGGGGAUCUCCUUUGUCCCCCAGGAGGUGGGGGAGCACCUGGUCCAUGUCACCCGCGGGGGACAGCCGCUGCCGCGCAGUCCCCUGGCUGUCACCAUCAGCCAGGCCGAGCUCGGGGACGCCUCGCGGGUGCUGCUGCGGGGAGCCGGCCUGAGCGAGGGCACCACGUUCCAGCCCGCCCAGUUCACCAUCGACACCCGCCAGGCCGGGUACGGGGGGCUGAGCCUGUCCAUCGAGGGCCCCAGCAAGGUGGACAUCACCACGGAGGAGCUGGAGGACGGCACCUGCCGCGUCUCCUACUGCCCCACCGAGCCCGGCAACUACAUCAUCUCCGUCAAAUUCGGGGAGCAGCACGUGCCUGGGAGCCCCUUCUCGGUGAAGGUGACGGGCGAGGGUCGCGUGCGCGAGAGCAUCACCCGGCGGCGCCGCGCCCCCCCCGAGGCCAGCGUGGGCACCCCCUGCGACCUCAGCCUCAAAAUGCCCGAACUCUCCAUCUCCGACGUCACCGCGCAGGUCACCGGUCCCUCGUGCCAGCCAGUGUCCUCCCAGGUGGUGCCCAGUUCCGGUGGCACCGUCAGGGUCCGGUUCGUGCCACAGGAGCCCAAUCCCACACUGACCAAUUUUCCCAUUUUUCCCCGAUUUUUCCCCAUUUUCCCCCAGAACUCUCCAUCUCCGACAUCCCCACCCAGCUCACCGGUCCCUCGGGCCAGCCGGUGACCGCCCAGGUCCUGCCCGGUUCCGGUGGCACCGUCAGGGUCCGGUUCGUGCCGCA